UGCCGCGCGGCUUUAGGGGCGGGCAUGAGCCCUCGGGGGCUGAUAGGGGGCCGCGAAGGCUGACCUGGCGCGGGCAGCGGCCUGGCCCAGCCAUCUUGACUGCGCACCGCGGCCCGAAAGGAAACUUGCUCCACCGCCACCCACGGUGCCCGGGCGAAGUCACCGUCUCCAGCGCCGCGCGAAGUGGCUGGGCGCACCGGAGAGGAAGCCAGCGAGGCAGGGACGAUGAGCCGCGAGGACUGAGAUCGGCUGGGAGUUAGCCGGGCAGGCCCUGGCGGGACUGUGGUGCACGGCUGCGGCCACCCUUAUCUCCCCGGAGCGGCGGAAGGGAGGUACGGACCGCCACUGCCCAGGCUUCGGACUGCGCAGUGUGGACACUCCCCGAGAAGGUUAUCAGUAGCUGGAGACUGAACUGCAGGGCUCCCCCUCUCUUGCCAGUUCCCCCUGGGGCUCUGCGUGUCGCCUGGAGGGCUAGGGCGCGGUGCCGGGGCGCGCAGCAUGGAGUGGGGUUACCUGUUGGAAGUGACCUCGUUGCUGGCAGCCUUGGCGCUGCUGCAGCGCUCCAGCGGUGCGGCAGCCGCCUCGGCCAAGGAGCUGGCGUGCCAAGAGAUCACCGUGCCGCUGUGCAAGGGCAUCGGCUACAACUACACCUACAUGCCCAACCAGUUCAACCACGACACUCAGGACGAGGCUGGCCUCGAGGUGCACCAGUUCUGGCCGCUGGUGGAGAUCCAGUGCUCGCCCGACCUCAAGUUCUUCCUGUGCAGCAUGUACACGCCCAUCUGCCUGGAGGACUACAAGAAGCCCCUGCCUCCUUGCCGCUCGGUAUGCGAGCGCGCCAAGGCCGGCUGUGCGCCCCUCAUGCGCCAAUACGGCUUCGCCUGGCCGGACCGCAUGCGCUGCGACCGGCUCCCGGAGCAGGGCAACCCUGACAUGCUGUGCAUGGACUACAACCGCACGGACUUCACCACGGUAGCGCCCAGCCCGCCGCGUCGCCUGCCUCCACCUCCUCCCGGCGAGCAGCCGCCUUCCGGCAGCGGCCACGGUCGCCCGCCCGGGGCCAGGCCUGCGUCCCGUGGCCGGGGCGGCGGCGGUGGAGAUGCAGCGGCGCCCCCUACGCGUGGCGGCGGCGGGAAGGCGCGGCCCCCUGGCGGCGGCGCUGCGCCCUGCGAACCCGGCUGCCAGUGCCGCGCGCCCAUGGUGAGCGUGUCCAGCGAGCGACACCCACUUUAUAACCGCGUCAAGACCGGCCAGAUCGCCAACUGCGCGCUGCCCUGUCACAACCCUUUCUUCAGCCAGGACGAGCGCGCCUUCACCGUCUUCUGGAUCGGCCUGUGGUCUGUGCUGUGCUUCGUGUCCACCUUCGCCACCGUGUCCACCUUCCUCAUCGACAUGGAGCGCUUCAAGUACCCCGAGCGGCCUAUCAUCUUCCUCUCGGCCUGCUACCUGUUCGUGUCAGUGGGCUACCUGGUGCGCCUGGUGGCGGGCCACGAGAAGGUGGCGUGCAGCGGCGGCGCGCCGGGCGCGGGAGGCGCAGGAGGCGCAGGCGGCGCUGCGGCCGCUGCGGGCGCUGGCGCUGCGGGCGCGGGCGCUGGCGGCGCGGGUGGGCGCGGCGAGUAUGAGGAGCUGGGGGCAGUGGAGCAGCACGUGCGCUACGAGACCACCGGCCCGGCUUUGUGCACCGUGGUCUUCCUGCUCGUCUACUUCUUCGGCAUGGCCAGCUCCAUCUGGUGGGUGAUCUUGUCGCUCACGUGGUUCCUGGCCGCGGGCAUGAAAUGGGGCAACGAGGCCAUCGCUGGCUACUCGCAGUACUUCCACCUGGCCGCGUGGCUUGUGCCCAGCGUCAAAUCGAUCGCGGUGCUGGCGCUCAGCUCCGUCGACGGCGACCCUGUGGCGGGCAUCUGCUACGUGGGCAACCAGAGCCUCGACAACCUGCGAGGCUUCGUGCUGGCCCCGCUGGUCAUCUACCUCUUCAUUGGCACCAUGUUCCUGCUCGCCGGCUUUGUGUCGCUGUUCCGCAUCCGCUCGGUCAUCAAGCAGCAGGGCGGCCCCACCAAGACGCACAAGCUGGAGAAGCUCAUGAUCCGCCUGGGUCUGUUCACCGUGCUCUACACGGUGCCCGCCGCGGUGGUGGUCGCCUGCCUCUUCUACGAGCAGCACAACCGCCCGCGCUGGGAGGCCACGCACAACUGCCCGUGCUUGCGGGACCUGCAGCCGGACCAGGCGCGCCGGCCGGACUACGCGGUCUUCAUGCUCAAGUACUUCAUGUGUCUGGUCGUGGGCAUCACCUCGGGCGUGUGGGUCUGGUCGGGCAAGACGCUGGAGUCGUGGCGCGCGCUGUGCACCCGCUGCUGCUGGGCUAGCAAAGGCGCAGUGGUGGGAGGGGGCGCGGGCGCGGCGGCCGCGGGGGGCGCUGGCGGACAGGGGGGCGCCGGCGGCCUGGGAGUCAGCGGGGGGCCGGGAGGGGGCGCGGGGUCCCUCUACAGCGACGUCAGCACCGGCCUGACAUGGCGGUCUGGUACGGCCAGCUCCGUGUCUUAUCCUAAGCAGAUGCCAUUGUCCCAGGUCUGAGGGAGGGGAGUGAGCAGCCGGAAGGAACAGGGAGGGGGGCGCGGAGACUAGUGCUGGGAAGGGACACUCGGGAGGCCGAAGUUCCCACCCCUUAGCCGUGUUGAUUGCUAUUAGCAUGAUAAUGAACUCUUAAUGGUAUCCAUUAGCUGGGACUUAAAUGACUCGCCUAGAACAAAGUACCUGGCAUUGAAGGCUCCCAGAACCAGCCUCCUUUGCUCCAUUGAUAAGUGAGGCGCUCUUCCCUCAAGGCGUUAAUUUCUGUUGGCAGAGGAGGGUGGACUCUGCUGCUGCCCUUCCAGAAUCCCAGGUUUGGAGCCCUCACUGGUUGUCAUUUGCUGAGCUUGAAGCCAGAUCUACAUAUUUUUCUCCCCCCCCCCCCCCCCCCCGACUCUCCUAGGUAAACUUCAACUCCUGACAUCCUAGAGGAGCGAUUACUGCCACCGAAGGGAUUGCACGGUUUGGGUAUUCUUAAUGACCAGGCAAAUGCCUUAAAUAAAAAAACAAAUGUCUUAAUUAUACACCCCUAGUAAAUACGGGUUCCUUCCAUUAGAGGAUGUAUUUAUAUAAUUAUUGUUAAAUUGUAAAAAUGUGUAAAAUAUGUACAUAUCCAAAGAUAUACAGUCUGUACAAUUUUGUAAAAAGUUUAGAGGCCACCCCUGUACAAACAAAUUAUAAGUAAUCUAUUUUGUCAAUAAAACGACUUUUGAUAAAUGAUUUAAACAUUGCCCCCCUCCCCUUGCCUCUUCCAAGCUGUUACUUUAAAGUGCUUGCCAAAGACUCUUGGGAAAAAGGACAUUUUUCUGGCUUCUCAUUUUGUGCACCAACUUUAGGCAUGGAGAAACUUAUCUGUUGAAUUAUAUUUCUUGAGUAUUUCCUUGUUGAAGUGAAGUCAAAAUUGAACAUUUGCACCUACCAAAAAGGUGGCGUUUUUAAUGGUAGCCCUUUUCUCAUCCUUGGAUAGCAACUCAUCCCUUAGUGGAUGGUAAUGGAAUUUGCCAGGCAGUAAUUCCACUCAGGCCUAAUUAUUUAUCUUGUAUAAUGUCACUAAAGGCUUCAACCCCC